GCUAGCGUAGAACUAUCGGCGUAUCGCUGGAGGAAACGGACUAUGUCGGCAAAUAAAACAAAGAAAGUCAAAAUGGCCACUAAAUCUUGUCCUGAAUGCGACCAACAGAUUCCAGUUGCAUGCAAGUCCUGCCCAUGCGGUUAUGUGUUUAUUAGCAGAAAACUCCUAAAUGCCAAGUUAAAUGAGCGCUCUCCAGCCAUAGCAGACAAGCUGGACUUUAAGCGGAGGAGGACAGAGCGCAUUCGAAGAGAGAGGAUCGACUCUCAUUUAACUAGUGACAUGGAGAACAGGAGAAGAUCCCGGGCCAACAGCCAGUCAGAUCCUAUCCGGAGGGGACGGGGCAGACCAAAAUCAGUGGGGUUGAAAAAACAGGAAGAGGAGAAAGAACACUGGCAUCCACCUGUCCCUUUCACCUCUCGCUGCGUCCACGCACCCCUCCAACUCCCCAUGAUAGAAACAAGAGAAGGAAGUGGAUAUUUAUGCCAGUCUUUCCGAUGAGAAGGCCUUUGUGUUUUCUGUGGCCUUGGCUGAGAUCAACCGCAAGAUCCUGGGUCAAAAACUCAUCCUAUAGAUUAAAGCCUGAAUAACUGAGAAACCCAGCACAGAGGACCUAUCCAAGGAAAACUAACAAAGAGGAUGACCAAAGAGGGCAGAACUGGCUGGAGCUAAACUUUGACCUGGACGGACUUCACUUGGAUGAUAAUGAAUAUCAUGAAUUUUCUCUCUUAAAAACAUAUUGUCAUCAA